GCACACACAGAGAGAGGGAGUCAGGUAACGGCGGUAGGACCCUGCGGCUCCGGCAGGCUGCCCAGCUGUCUCAGUGUGUGUGUGAGUGAGUGCGGCCCGGCAGGGGGGAAGCAUUAAUAGACUGUCCCUGGCACAGGCGCACCCCUCUCUGUCAUUCUCUCUCUCUGCCCCCCUCCCGCACCAUGGGACAGCCCGAGGGUCUGGAGCGGUUCGACAGCCCAGGGAAAGGCCGGGGUCUGAAGGCUACGCGUCCAUUCGCGCUGGGGGAGCUGCUGUUCAGCUGCCCGGCCUACACCUACGUACUGACUGUAAACGAACGGGGAAACCACUGCGAGUUCUGCUUCGCCAGGAAGGAAGGUUUAUCGAAAUGCGGCAAGUGCAAGCAAGCCUUUUACUGCAACGUGGACUGCCAGAAAGGAGACUGGCCCAUGCACAAGUUGGAAUGUUCGGCGAUGUGUACUUACGGGCAGAACUGGUGCCCCUCGGAAACCGUCAGGCUUACCGCGAGGAUACUGGCCAAACAGAAAACCCAGACAGAGAGGACGGCAUCGGAAAGGUUCCUAUCGGUUAAAGAUUUUGAAUCCCACCUCAGCAAGCUCGACAACGAGAAGCUCGAGUUAAUCCAGAACGACAUUGCUGCCUUGCACCGUUUCUACUCCAAGAAUUUGCACUAUUCCGACAACGCGGCGCAAGUGUUCCUCUUUGCACAGGUCAACUGCAACGGCUUCACCAUUGAAGAUGAAGAACUCUCCCAUUUGGGAUCCGCCAUAUUCCCAGAUGUUGCACUAAUGAAUCACAGCUGCUGCCCCAAUGUGAUCGUCACUUACAAGGGAACGGUGGCCGAAGUCAGAGCCGUGCAAGAGAUACACGCCGGAGAUGAGGUUUUCACCAGUUACAUCGACCUGCUCUACCCCACAGAAGAUCGAAACGACAGACUGAUUGACUCCUAUUUCUUUAACUGCGACUGCAGAGAGUGCUCUACUAAACAGAAGGAUCCGGCAAAAUUGGAAAUCCGAAAACUGAGCGACCCUCCGAGCCCUCAAGUUGUGCGAGACAUGAUCAAAUACGCACGCAACGUCGUCGAGGAGUUCCGGAGAGCGAAGCACUAUAAGACUCCCAGUGAGCUGCUGGAGAUCUGCGAGCUGAGUCUGGAGAAGAUGGGCUCCGUGUUUGAGGACAGCAAUGUGUACAUGCUGCAUAUGAUGUACCAAGCCAUGGGGGUCUGCCUCUACAUGCAGGACUGGGAAGGGGCCUUGAAGUAUGGAGAGAAAAUUAUCAAACCAUACAGUAAGCACUAUCCCCCAUAUUCCCUUAACGUGGCCUCCAUGUGGCUGAAGCUGGGCCGCCUGUAUAUGGGCCUGGAAAAGAAAGCUAUUGGGACAAAGGCUCUGAAAAAGGCCAUAGCUAUAAUGGACAUAGCCCACGGACCUGAUCAUCAUUAUAUAGCAGAGAUCAAAAAGGAAUUGGAGCUGUGAGGCACAGAUUCUAUGCAAGUCCCUUCAUAAAUGCUUCGGGGAAUGGGGAUCCAGGACACCGAGACACCACUAUCAACUCCUCUGUCUUUCAUGAUGGGCUGAGAAUCAUGGGAGUUUUAGUCCAAGGACUACAAGGCUUGACCUCAGUUCCCUGAUGGCAACGCUGUGCCUACAGGGGCAUUCAGCCUCUUUAGUUGGACUGAAACUCUUAGGGGAACUCUUUGUUCAAGAAAAGUUGGUGGCCUACAGACUAGGGAUGGUCCUGGAGUCCUUCUGCGUUAUGCAAUGAAGCCCAAUGGGUUUCUUUUUCAUGUGUUUGCUUGUAAAACUCUUAAUAUUUCUACCACCGCUCACUUGGCCUUUAUCCUGAAUGAAAGGGCCGUUCUGUAUAUUUCUCUGAAUUCCUUCACCUCGACCGGAGCUGGGAUGCCAAACAGGGUUUCCAGAGGAGCCGCCCAUAACUUUCACGUCAAUUGAUUUCUGAGCUUGGUUUACGGUUUGAUUGAAACCCGGACGCGGGUUUUACUUUUUAUUUAAUGCCGUGUUUUUCCGUUGCCUACGAAUGGAAUGCAACCAAAGUUUGCCUGCUAAUUUUAUCACCGAGAUUGCUGUUUUACACUGCAGUGUGAUAAUAAAAAACAAAAAACCCCA